AUGGCAGGAAGAAACGAUGCUGCGAUUGUUGCUGCAUUGGAGGUUAUGACUCAAGCUUUGGGAAAUCAGCCGAACGUUAGUGAGAAUACUGGAUCUCGCAGUUUGGCUACCUUCCAGAGAGAGAAUUUGUCUGUCUUCAAGGGUACCUAUGAUCCGGAUGGUGCAAUGACUUGGUUGAAGGAGAUCGAGAGAAUCUUCCGUGUGAUGUAUUGCACACCAGAGCAGAAGGUUCAAUAUGGUACUCACAUGCUAGCAGUGGAAGCUGAUGACUGGUGGUUAAAGACUCGUCAUAGGGACUUCCUGAGGAAGUACUUUCCUGAGGAUGUUUGUGGCAAGAAAGAGAUCGAGUUCUUUGAGCUGAAACAAGGAAGCAUGUCGGUCACUGCUUAUGCUGCAAAAUUUGGCGAGCUGGCUAAGUUCUAUCAGCAUUAUGAUGGACCGAAUGGUGAAUUUUCGAAGUGCAUCAAGUUUGAAAACGGGUUGCGUUGUGGUCAUCAAAAAGGUGAAGAGUCUAUUACCUCCCUUGAGAGAUGCGUUGUGGUCAUCAAAAAGGGGAAGAGUAUAUUACCUCCCUUGAGAGAUGCGUUGUGGUCAUCAAAAAAGGGGAGAAUGUAG